AUGAAGGUCACUGCAGCUUUUGCAAGUCUCUUGCUUACGGCCUUCGCGGCCCCUGCUCCGGAGCCUGUUCUGGUGUCGCGAAGUGCCGGUAUCAACUACGUGCAGAACUACAACGGCAACCUUGGUGACUUCACCUACGACGAGAGUACCGGGACAUUUUCCAUGUACUGGGAGGAUGGAGUCAGUUCCGACUUCGUCGUUGGUUUGGGCUGGACCACUGGCUCCUCUAAAUCUAUUACCUACUCUGCCCAAUACAGCGCUUCUAGCUCCAGCUCCUACCUGGCUGUCUACGGCUGGGUCAACUCUCCUCAGGCCGAAUACUACAUCGUCGAGGAUUACGGUGAUUACAACCCUUGCAGCUCGGCCACGAGCCUUGGUACCGUGUACUCUGAUGGAAGCACCUACCAAGUCUGCACCGACACUCGGACGAACGCGCCAUCUAUCACAGGAACAAGCACGUUCACGCAGUACUUCUCCGUUCGUGAAAGUACACGCACAUCCGGAACAGUGACUAUCGCCAACCAUUUCAAUUUCUGGGCGCAGCAUGGGUUCGGCAAUAGCAACUUCAAUUAUCAGGUCAUGGCGGUGGAGGCAUGGAACGGUGCUGGCAGUGCCAGUGUCACGAUAUCUUCUUAA